AUGCCAAAAACGACAAAGGCUGCUCAUGUGCACUGGGUCGAGGCACUGGCCGGCGCACCUUCCAACCCGGCACAGAAGAAGCCUCCUAGCAGGCGGACAAUCCUGCGUAGCGAGGCGCGAGAGCUGAUUGACGGCAAAUUUGGACUUGCUGUCGGCAAUCCCUUUGCCGGUCUUUGGUACACUAUCGAAGACUACGCCGAGACCAUCGUCAUCUGCUACGGGUACAAGAUCGAGGGCUGGCCGCCCUCUAUCCCGUUCCGCAACAUGAGCAAUGUCGGCGGCUGCGAGGUCCUCAGUGAGCUCAUCGAGCUGUGGAAGGAGGAUAAGAUCAAGUUCGUACCUGCCACCAAUCUCGACAAGCUCAAUGCCGCCCUCGACCCGACUCUCGUCGCACCCGGCAAAGGCUUCAUCCACCGCAAGAACUCGGGCGGACGAGACGACAUUGGCCGGUCGCGCUACCGCCCGAAGACAAAGCCAGACGGGGGGCCUCUGCGGCGGCCAAAGGACGGCCCAAAGAGCGCGAAGGUCAUUCACUCGGACGACGAGGACGACUCGCAGGCGAACGUGCGCCCACUGCGUCUGAUCCCCCUGCCGCUCUUGCCUCCAUUCGCACCUGGUCAGUUUUCGCCGAGCAGCUCAUCUGGCGCGUCUCGAGAGGCGGAGGAGUCGGAGAUCGAGGACUUUUUGGACGACGAGCAGUAG